AUGUCCAAAUUGAAUGAAUCAGCCAUUAUAGAAGAGAAUCACUGUAGCCCAUACCACCAUCAUCAAGGCACAUACAAGAAUGAGUUUUCACUGCCAUCACCUACAUCCAAUUACAGCGAUGCAGAGAUCUCUCCCGAUAUCGAAAAUAGCUAUAUUCAGCAAAAUCUACCUGUGAGACGCCAAAGCCUGAUUGUUUACCACGAUAAAUUGAGGAGCGAAAAUAUGCUGAAACAGCAGCAAUCAGACCCACAAUCACCCAAACGACAUUCCAGUCUCAAUUUUCCAGUAGCAGUAGCUCCAGAAGGGACAACCGAGGAGAGAAAGAGUAGGUUGUAUAACAGUAAAUCACUGAAUGCAAUACACAGCAAAAACGAAGACUAUCGCAAGAGCCGAGUGCCGAAUCCAUCAUUGACCAUAGAGAUCACGCAUCCUGAUUCUUCAGCCUCCACAACCGUCUCAUCCUGCGCUAGCAAUAGUCCGUUUGAACUAUCCAUGGAUACGUUGUUUGAAGAAGAUCGUUCGCCUUUGUCUCCAUCACAACAAGCACAAGCACAGCAGCAACUACCACCACGGCAGUCGAUUCCAAGAUUUAUGGGCCUCCUGAGACCAAGUAAAUCAGAAACUAUAUACAAUAACAAAAAGAGCGAUAAGCUAGCAACGCCAGUGGACAUGAAUUCCUCGAGUCCACUAUCCACAUCCUGGAAUGAUAACAUGUCGCAACCCUUGUCAAGACUAAGAAAUGUAUUUUCGAGACUUCAAACCAACACAGUCAAUGUGAAUCCGAAUAAUGCAUCAAGCACGAUCAAGCCAUCCACAUCCACGUCAAAGCGUAUGCCCAUGCAGGUCAUGGAAGCUAAAAAGAAAAAGAGGAUAUCCACAGCUAUCAAAGGAGGAACAAGCGACAAUAAAUCGAAAAAGAAGUCGGUGGCCAACAUUUACACUGCUCUGCUGUCGCAUGUCUCGAGGGAAUUUUUGAAGCGUAUGCAGAUCUCGACAAUCGCAUUCAAAGAUGGAAUCCAAUACCAUGAUGUGUUUCAUGGCAUUGAGGCUGUGAACUGUGUACUAGACAUCCUUUGCACAAAUGACCGCAAUUUAGCAUUACUAGUGGGCCGAGCAUUGGAGAGCCAAGGUCUCUUUCACCACGUUAAUUACGACUAUAGACUACGAGACGCAGAGUCUGAGCUAUAUCAGUUCCAAUACUUGCAGUCGCAACAAGAUAUCCCUCCUACGUAUGGUGGCAGGCCACCAAUCCCAUCUCAGUUUACCAGCAACAACUCUACCAAGCUGCUAUUGCUGAAAAAGUCGAACCGAAGAAACGCUCCAUCUGUCUGUGAAACAUUGCCGGUCAAUGGCGUCUUUUCUGUGCUGACGGAUUGCUAUUCACCCACUUGCACCAGAAAAAGCCCAUGUUACAGUAUCAGUUGUCCUCGUAUGAUGGCCAAAAAGAACAAGAGCAUGCAACGGCCCUUGAGCUCGCAAUUUCUCAGAACAGAACAAGAGAAGCAGUUGCGGUCGUUGUGGAGGCACUCUGUUCCUCGAAAUGUAGUGAUGGGCACCAACGACAUUGAGCAAAAGCGACAGGAAUGCAUCUACGAACUCAUCUAUACUGAAGAGGACUUUACCAGAGACAUGCAUUAUGUGCAAGAUUUUUGGAUAGAGCCCUUAUUGAACAAUGACAUCAUACCGAUAGAUCGAAGACAUCAGUUCAUCACAGACGUAUUCUGGAACUUGGCCGACAUUGAACGCAUCAGUACGGCAUUAUCGAGGGACCUUACAGCGCGACAAGAUAAGCACUCUGUUAUUCCCUGUAUUGGCGAUAUUUUACUGGAGCAUGUCAAGGGAUUUGAGCCCUUUGUCGUAUAUGGCGCACAUCAAAUUAUUGGGAAGCACAAGUUUGAGCUAGAAAAGAAGCGAAACGCCAAGUUUCUUCAGUUUGCACAGACAUUGGAGCGACAGCCCGAGUCUCGCAGAUUAGAGUUGAAUGGAUAUCUCACUAAACCUACAUCGAGAUUGGGCAGGUACAACCUCUUGUUGACCACCAUUCAUCAUCUUACACCCAAAGACCAUCAAGAUUAUGAGGCGAUUCCAAAAGUGAUUGACAUGAUUACCGAAUUCAUGGUCCAAUUGAACAAACAAGUUGGAUUAUCAGACAACGCGUUCCAUUUGGAGCUGAUAUCUUCUCGCAUCAUCAUGAACAAGGGAUCGUUUGAUUUGAACUUGCUGGACCCAAACCGACAGCUCUUGAUGCGUGGUAAAAUGAAGCGAGCAAAUCAAACUAGCAAAAGCUUGUAUUCAGCAGCAACAUCGCCCAUCACCGAAAAUACCAACAUUGAUAUCCAACUGUUCCUGUUUGACAACUACCUCGUGUUUUGCAAGAUAAAACAUCAAGACGGCAUGGAUUACUACAAGAUGUACCAAAAGCCCAUUCCACUGGCAUCUCUGACCACCUUUAUACCCUUUCACAAUGCCCUGAAAUCGAAAAUAGUCAACACCAACACCAUUCCAGAUACCAACUCUCAUCCAUAUCACCAGCAGCUGCACGCUAGCCCUUUGGCUGCCAAUGUGGGUUAUCCAAUUACCUUUGCAAAUACCUCGGAUAGCCUGUCCUCCAUCACAUUACUGGCAUCCACUGAAUCCACUCGAAAAUUAUGGCUCGAUAAAAUCAAAGAAGAGCAGGAGAAGCUCAAAUAA